UUGAGGUUGAAGUCACAGAAAAAAAUAUUGUUACCGUAUAAAAAUAAUGAAAUUCAUUAAUAUAGUGAUGUCAAGGUUUUUAUUUGUCAGUGUAGAAGAAAGUCUUUUAUAAGUAAUUGUAAAACUUUUGUUCACAUGACUCAAAAAAUGAUUUCUCUUCUAUUUUUAUUGUUUAUUGUUGACAUUGUUAACAGUUACAAUGACUAUCCAUCGCUAAUAACUUCAAAUGCAACAAUGGCUGUUAUUGUAGAGAAAAAUUUUCUAAAAGACGAUGGUCAUUACGAGAAAGUUGUGUCAAAAAUUACAAAUACAAUAAAUAAUGUUAUAAGUAAAUGGAUGAAAGUUGGUGGAAUUGAUGUAAAAGUUUAUUCAAUAUCGAGUUUUACUCUUGGACGAGAUUUUACGAUAUUAAUGUCAAUUGCCACAUGUCAAUGGACAUGGGUUUUAUUUAAACAAGCAAGAAAAGAGAGACUCGUACAUAUUGCUGUAACAGGUGCAGAUUGUCCACGACUGCCAGAUCAAGAGGGAAUUAGCAUACCUCUCAUAAUGCCUGGACAGGAGUUACCUCAAUUAUUUCUAGACUUAAGAGUUUCCGGUGCCCUAUCGUGGAACAAAAUUAACAUUAUUUAUGACACUUCUUUUCAAAGAGACACUAUCAGUAAAGUACUAAAAUCUUUGUCAAUACAAUUGCCAAACAAAAAAUUGAAACAAGCAUCAAGAUCUCUAUUUUCAAUAAAAUAUGAUAAAGAUGAUCAUAUAAUGAGAAAUCAAAUUAGAAAAACAUUCAGCAAUUAUCGAUUUGAAAAAUUGGGAAAUUGUUUUAUGGUUAUUGUCAAAGUUGACAUGGUGAUACCCAUAAUUGAAAUGGCAAGAUCAUUGAGAUUGGUUCAUUCAGGUAAUCAGUGGCUUUUUAUAUUGAGCGAUGUAUCGAAACGCAAAACAAAUGUAACUGCUUUAACACAAAGAUUAAUUGAGGGCGAAAAUGUCGCAUUCAUUUACAACGCCACGAACUUUGGUCCUUUUUGUGAUUCAGGUUUAUUUUGUCACCUGAAAGAAUUGAUUAAAUCCUUAUCACUUGCAUUGGAAAUUUCUUAUCAAAGUGAAUUAGAUUUAUUUUCAAGAGUAACUGAUGAAGAAUUUGAAGUUCUAAGAUUGUCAAAAGAAGAAAGAGCAAAGGAAAUCACCGAAAAUUUAAAUAAAGCCCUGACUGUAGAGAGAUCGACAUCCGAUGGUAAUUGCGGUAAAUGUUUAACUUGGAGGAUUGGGUCUGCGAUAACUUGGGGAAAUUCGUUUGAUUCCAUUCUGGCAGGAAGGGGGCAAUUAAUUCACUCCGGGUCGUGGUCUCCGGGUCCGGGAUCUAAUUUAACAGAUUCUAUAUUCCCACAUAUUGAUUAUGGCUUUAGAGGUAAAACCUUGCCAAUCAUCACAUAUCAUAACCCUCCUUGGCAGAUAGUUGAAUAUUCAACAAAUGGAGUGCCAAAUUAUGAAGGUUUAACUUUUGACAUUGUUGAAGAAUUGAGUAAAAAAUUAAAUUUUACAUAUCAAGUGAUAUUGGCGACAAGUUCCGGUACAACAAAAGCAGCAAAUAAUAUACGAAGUUUAGGUUUUUCUAAAAGGUUGUCAGAUAAUUCAAGUUAUGAGGGAAGUGGAAUGUCAGUGGGUCAAAAAUUACCAGAAAGUGUUUUACAAAUGUUAAGAAAUAAUAAAGUUUUCUUUGCUGCUUGUGUAUACACUGUUUAUGAAGAUAAAAAAAAAAUUAUUAAUUAUACAGUACCAAUUUCGAUGCAAACUUAUACUCUAUUGGCGCCUAAACCAAAAAUACUGUCCAGAGCAUUAUUGUUUAUUGCUCCAUUUACAAAUGAGACUUGGGCUUGUUUGAGCUCUACAAUUAUUGUAAUAGGACUAAUUUUAUAUCUGAUGCAUAAGUUCAAUCCAAAGCCAACGAUUAACGCACAAGAGGUUGUUGGUCUUAACACUCCAUAUCAAUGUGUGUGGUAUGUCUAUGGAGCUCUUCUUCAACAAGGUGGAAUGCAUUUGCCACAAGAAGACAGUACCCGUUUGAUUGUUGGAACUUGGUGGUUGGGUGUAAUGGUUAUUGUGGCCACCUAUUCCGGAAGUUUAGUGGCAUUUUUGACAUUUCCAAGAAUGGACAACACUGUUUCAACCAUUGACGAUCUUCUUGAACGAAAGUCCGAGUUUACAUGGGGCUUUCCAAAUGGUAGUUUUUUAGAGGAUUAUCUUGAAAAUACUGAGGAUUCAAAAUAUUUGGAACUCCUUACAAAAGCUGAGAGGCACAUUUCGACGAGUGAUAUUAAUAUUAUAAGUCGAGUUCAAAAUGGAAAUCAUGUUUUAAUUGAUUGGAAAUCAUCGUUCAAAUAUCUCAUCAGAAAAGAUAUUUUAGAAUCUGGCCGAUGUCAUUUUUCACUUAGUACUGAGGAUUUUAUCAGUGAACCCAUUGCCAUGAUGAUUAGUAAGGAUAGUCCGUAUUUGCCGAUAAUUAACAAAGAAUUGAAGCGAUUGCAUGAAUCAGGAUUAAUUGAUAAAUGGAUUCUCGAAAGGAUGCCAUUAAAAGAUAAGUGUUGGGAAGGUCCUGGAAAUAAUCAAGAGGCUAAUAAUCAUAAAGUGAAUAUGGGCGACAUGCAAGGAAUAUUUUUUGUUCUUGCUAUUGGUUUUAUAAUCGCGGCAAUAUUAAUUGGCUGUGAAUUUGGUUGGCAUAAAAAAGAAGAGGUUCACGAACGAAAACUAAUUCGUCCUUUCGUUACUUAAUUUUUAAAAUUUUCAAUAGUUUACAAACUAUUGAAAAUAUUAUUUAAUGCUUAUAUGAAGGAUUCGAGGUGAAGUGAUCAAGAUACAAAAAUUUUUUUCUCCGAUCACGCUUAAACUCGAUUUAAAAAGAAAAUCGUACAUGGAGAAAAAUGGAAAAACAAAUAAAGUAACUUUUACUACUUUAAAAGUAAAACCGGAACUGUCCGCAGUUUCUGAUCAU